AUGAAGACCAACCAUACUAGCAAGGAUUCUUUCACCAUAAACCUGGGCCAUAACUCCCACGGAGACUCAGGUUUCUGGGCUAAGGUCGUCCAGCUGCCAAUUAUGGCAGCCGCUGGUACCCACUGGGACAAUGCUGCGGGUGGCGCCUACAAAAUCUCCACGAUGGACACAUAUUCUAUCGAGCCGACGCCGGAAUACGUUGAAAAGAGUGUUGCUUCCGUCUCAGCGGAGACUCUCAGGGCUGGAUCGAACCUGUACAUGGUCACGGGUGUCAAGAUUGCACGGGGAGUUACAAGCCUUCAGUGCCAGCAUCCAUGGAGGCAUUAA